AUGGUAGUGCACAACGGCAAAGAAGUCUUGUCCGUCGAGGAGAAGCGACUCGCCCAGGACCGCGAGCGAAAAGUUUACUGGAAACGAUGGGGAACCUACGUUUCUGAGCGACAGUGGGCCACUGUCCGAGAGGAUUACUCUGCCAACGGAGAUGCCUGGUCCUACUUCCCCCAUAACGAGGCUCGAUCUCGAACCUACCGAUGGGGUGAGGACGGUCUGGCCGGUGUGUCCGACAACCAUCAGCUCUUCUGUCUGUCCUUUGCCUUCUGGAACGAGAAGGACGACUUCCUCAAGGAGCGUCUCUUUGGCCUGACCAACAACCAGGGUAACCAUGGAGAGGACGUCAAGGAGCUCUACUACUACGUGGACAACACUCCUACCCACUCGUACACCAAGUACCUGUACAAGUACCCCCAGCGAAAGUUCCCCUACCAGAAGCUGAUUGACGAGAACGCCAAACGUGACCGUCUGCAGCCCGAGUAUGAGAUCCAGGAUACUGGCGUGUUUGACGAUGACCGGUACUUUGACAUCUUCAUCGAGAUGGCCAAGGACGCUGAGAACCCCGAGGAGAUGAACUUCCGAAUCACCGCCUGGAACCGAGGCCCCGAGCCUGCUCCCCUCCAUAUCGUUCCCCAGGCCUGGUACCGAAACACCUGGGCCUGGGGUCUGGUCUCCGAGAAGGACAAGCCUAUCCCCUCUCUGACCAAGGUGGGCGAGGAUCUGAUCGAGACCCAGCACCAUACUCAGGGUAAGCGUCACCUCCGAUUUGCCAACUCGCCUGGUUUUGAGAACCACGAGUCUGAGGACGAUGUGGCUCCCAAGCUUCUCUUCACCGACAACGAGACCAACAAGGCCAAGCUGUACGGCUGCAAGGCCCCAGAGGCUCCCAAGUACUGCAAGGACGGUUUCCACGAGUACAUUGUGGACGAUAACAAAGACGCCGUGAACCCCAAGGAGACUGGAACCAAGGCCGGUGCCUGGUACGCCUUUGAUCAGGGCGACGGUAUUCCCCCUGGAGACUUUGUCACCGUUCGAUUCAAGUUCACCAACAACGACGACAUUGCCCAGGAGAUCUUCGAUGAGGAGGCUUUCGACGAGGUCUUUGAUAAGCGAGGCGAAGAGGCUGAUGACUUCUACUUCAACGUCAACCCCAUGCCCAUUGCCGACGAUCUCCGAAACAUCCAGCGACAGGCUCUUGCCGGUAUGCUGUGGACCAAGCAGUUCUACCACUUUGUCUACAGCCAGUGGGCUGAGGGUGAUCCUGCCAACCCCCCUCCCCCUCCCGAGCGAGCCAAUGUGCGAAACCAGGGUUGGUCUCAUCUGUACAUUGAUGACAUCUUGUCCAUGCCCGAUGUGUGGGAGUACCCCUUCUUCGCUGCCUGGGAUACUGCUUUCCAUUGCAUUCCUCUGGCCAUGAUCGAUCCCGAGUUUGCCAAGAAGCAGCUGGACCUGCUGACCCGAGAGUGGUACAUGCACCCCAACGGUCAGGUUCCCGCCUACGAGUGGAACUUCAGCGAUGUCAACCCUCCCGUUCAUGCCUGGUCCGCUCUUCGAACCUUCAAGAUCGAGCGAAAGAUGUACGGCCGAGAGGAUAUUGACUUCCUGGAGCGAGUCUUCCAGAAGCUGCUGCUCAACUUCACCUGGUGGGUCAACCGAAAGGACUUUGACGGCAAGAACGUCUUCCAGGGCGGUUUCCUCGGUUUGGACAACAUUGGUCUGUUCAACCGAUCUGAGCCUCUGCCUACUGGAGGUACUCUCGAGCAAGCCGAUGCCACUGGAUGGAUGGGUUUCUUCUGUCUCCAGAUGCUCAGCAUUGCCCUGGAGCUGGCCAAGCACCGAUUCGUCUACGAGGACAUCGCCUCCAAGUUCUUCGAGCACUUCCUGCUCAUUGCUGACGCUAUGACCUUCAAGAGCGGCGACGGUACUGAGCACGGUCUUUGGAACGAGAACGACGGCUUCUACUACGAUGCUAUUUCUUACGGCGGUCCCUACUCUCAGCAGAUCCCCGUUCGAUCUCUGGUUGGUCUGAUUCCUCUGUUUGCCACCAUCACUCUCGAGCCCGAGGUACUCAACCGAUUCGGCUCUUUCACCAAGCGACUCUCGUGGUUUGUGGAAAACCGAGGUGAGAUUUCCAGCCGAAACAUUGCCUCCAUGUCCAAGCGAGGCCAGGGCGAGCGUCUCCUGCUGUCACUGGUCAACAAGGAGCGACUGGUCAAGAUUCUGGAGAAGAUGCUUGACGAGAACGAGUUCCUGUCCGAGUACGGAAUCCGAUCUCUGUCCAAGUACCAUAAGGACCACCCUUACUCCAUGGACGUGCAUGGUCAGACCUACACUGUUGACUAUGUUCCCGGAGACUCCAACUCUCCCAUGUUUGGCGGUAACUCCAAUUGGCGAGGACCCAUCUGGUUCCCCACCACCUUUUUGCUCAUUGAGUCUCUUCAGCGAUACUAUCUGUACUACGGAGAUACUCUCAAGGUGGAGUGCCCCACUGGUUCUGGUAACUACAUGAACCUGGCCAAGGUGGCCGAGGAGAUCCAGCAUCGUCUGAUCCACAUUUUUGCCGCUGACGAGAACGGAAAGCGAGCUUUCAACGGCGACAAUGACAAGUUCAACAACGACCCCAACUUCAAGGACUACAUUCUGUUCCACGAGUUCUUUGAGGCUGACACUGGACGAGGUCUAGGUACCCAGCACCAGAAUGGAUGGACUUCUCUGGUUGCCAAGCUCAUCUACGAUGUCGGUGUGUCUUGCCGAAUGCCCCGAACCCCCAAGACCCCUGGCGGAGCUGCUCAGCACUUUUUGGAUGACGAUGACUACUUUUCCCGAGGAAAGAAGAAGCCCGCCAAGCUCAAGCGACGACGAUCUGUCAAGUCUAUCCGGUCUGACAAGAGCGACACUGAGUCUGUGCACUCUGUCGACGGAGAGCCUCAGGAGUCCAACGAGCCCACUGGUAAGAAGGAUGAUGACUUCAACGAGGAGGAGCAUGAGAAGAACCAGCAUUUGGCUGAGCAUAUCCGAAAGGCGCUGCACAAGUUCCAGAUUGGCGAUGGCGAGCAGGAUGACAUCUAA